AUGGAAGGUCAAUUUAUUGCAGAUAAAGAAAUUGGUUCAGGUUCCAAUAAAACAAACCCACCAGGAUUUUGGAUUGGUUUCGAUGACGCUUUCUAUGCAGUUGCUGGAUAUCAAAUCCUUGCAAAUGGUCGUAUCGUAUAUUCUCAAGACAACGCAAGAGAAGAAGCAUAUAUAACUUCAAACUCACAAACUACCGAACAAAUAAAGAAAGUAGAUGUUUUCUCAAAGACUCGACAUGAAGAUGUAUGGAGUCAUUCGGGAACAUGCAGAACAGGACAAAUUGUUAGUGGUCCAAUUACAGCAGGAAAAUCAUUUGAUUUUAAGCUUCGUUUAAGAAUUCCUGUUAGAAAGUUUUUACCAUUAGAAGCUAUAAGAUUUAUUCCUGCAUUUGCUGGUAACAUUCAGCUUAAAGUAAAGUUCAGUAGCGACGCAUUACAAUGCACAUCUAUAUCUGUAAAUGAUAUCAUUGCUUUCAAUCCAACUCUUAAAGUUGCAUUUGCUUCAGAUUCAAAUCCACCGACAAAUAAAUUUGUUCCAUGGAAUGAACCAUUCACUAUGAUAACGAAGGCAGUAGAAGCUAGUGGAACAGUUACUAUUACAACUGUAACCCAGCAACUAUUUCGAACAAAGAUGGAUUUUAAUGAAUGUUUCAUUCAUCCAAAGUCAUUCUCUUUAGACCCUAACAUUUAUACAGAACUUGUAGAACAUUAUACAAACGAGGCUUUAUGUUUUCCUGUUAAAGUUAUGGAUUGGAUUCCUAUGGACGGUUCAUUCUCAAAGAAUACAGAUAGUUCAAGUGCAACAUUUACAGCAGCUUAUACGCCUAUUAAUGUUAAAAGUAUUUGGGCACUAUUUAGAAAGAAAGACAACUAUUAUGUUAAUUUUGAGAACCCUAAGUUUAAAUAUCUUCAGCUUUCCAUGGGAGCUUAUGGAAAUAUGCCUGCAGAACCUGAAAAAUCAUAUGGACCU